AUGGUUGCAGACGACAAGCCGGCAUCGACCUUCAAGUACGCCCAAAGGCCGUUCUACACAACUUCCAAUGGGUGUCCUGUCGCGGAUCCAGAAGCCUUCCAACGUGUUGGCUCCAAUGGCCCGCUCUUGCUCCAGGACUUCCACUUGAUUGAUCUACUUGCUCACUUCGAUCGAGAACGUAUCCCCGAGCGUGUUGUGCAUGCGAAGGGAGCCGGAGCUUAUGGAGAAUUCGUUGUCACUCACGAUGUCAGCGACCUCACAUCGAUUGAUAUGCUCAGCUCGGUCGGCAAGAAGACCCCCUGCGUUGCCCGAUUCUCUACAGUUGGUGGUGAGAAGGGUUCACCAGACACCGCUCGCGAUCCUCGUGGUUUCUCGAUCAAGUUCUACACGGACGAGGGAAACUGGGAUUGGGUUUACAACAAUACACCUAUCUUCUUCCUCCGCGAUCCGACCAAGUUCCCUCUCUUCAUUCAUACACAGAAACGAAACCCGCAGACCAAUCUGAAGGAUGCGACAAUGUUCUGGGAUUACCUGUCUACUCACCAAGAGGCUGUUCAUCAGGUCAUGCAUCUCUUCAGCGAUCGUGGAACGCCAUAUUCGUAUAGACAUAUGAACGGAUAUUCUGGCCAUACUCACAAAUGGACUAAACCAGAUGGGACAUUCAACUAUGUCCAAGUCCACUUAAAGACCGACCAAGGCAGCAAGACCUUUACCAACGAAGAAGCUGGAAAGAUGGCUGCCGAGAACCCAGACCACAACACUCAAGACCUCUUUGACUCCAUUUCUAAGGGUGACUACCCCAGCUGGACCGUCUACGUACAAGUUCUCUCUCCAGAGCAAGCCGAGAAAUUCCGAUGGAAUAUCUUCGACUUGACAAAGAUCUGGCCACAGAAGGAAGUCCCACUACGACCAUUCGGCAAAUUUACCCUCAACAAGAACGUCGAGAACUACUUCGCUGAAAUCGAGCAAGUCGCCUUCUCGCCCUCUCAUCUUGUACCCGGCGUUGAACCAUCCGCCGACCCAGUUCUCCAAUCUCGUCUCUUCUCGUACCCAGAUACCCACCGUCACCGCCUCGGCGUCAACUAUCAGCAAAUUCCAGUCAACGCUCCUCUCCGCGCAUUCAACCCGUACCAACGUGACGGAUCCAUGGCUGUCAACGGCAACUAUGGCGCUAAUCCCAACUACCCAUCCUCAUACCGCGGCUUGACCUAUAAGCCCGUGAAGGUUACAAACGACCACGAGAAGUGGGCCGGUGCGGCAGUGUCUUUCCUGUCCGAAGUCACUCCCGAGGAUUACGUCCAGGCCAAGGGUCUCUGGGAUGUUCUUGGCAAACAAACUGGCCAACAAGAUAAUUUUGUCAAUAACGUUGCUGGGCAUCUGAGUGCGGCCAAGGAGGAUACUAGGAAGAGGACGUACGAGAUGUUUGGGAGAGUGGAUAAGGAGCUGGGUUCGCGUAUUGCGACCGAGACGGAGAAGCUGGCUCCUGCUCCUACGAGUCAGGCUGCCGGGUCUGCUCAGGCUAGGAUCUAG